CACGCUUUCUGAUGAACUAGCACACUUGCUUCCAAGGCUGGAAUAGUAGAGAGGGAGACCUGACCGUGACUGAGGACGUCCACUGCAGGAGACCUGAAAGGGUGAGCUGGAUGAUCUUGGACUGAAAGACAGAAGAACAAACAAAGGGUCGAACAUCCUCGUCCUCCAUCCAGUUGAUGUGAAACGGCCGGACUGUCCAGGAAGCUAAACCAACCCGCCUGUGAGCGCAGCAAGACCCUGAGGAGCCAUGGACACCUGGAUGUUAGGAGCCAUGUUGACCUGCAUCUUCCUCCCGCUGCUGAGGGGAGAGAACUACCUGAACGUCCAAGCAGGCUGCAGCACCGCGGCCAACGACCUGGUCUACAUCAUCGACGGCUCCUCCAGCUUGGGGAUCCCUGAUUUCCAGUUCGCCAAGCGCUGGCUCGUCAACAUCACCAGCGGCUUCGACGUCAGCUCCCGCCACACCCAGGUGGGCGUGGUCCAGUACAGCGACACGCCCCGCCUGGAGAUCCCCCUGGGGAAACACCUGACCAAUCAGGACCUGGUCGCCGCCAUCGACGCGAUUGGCUUCCUGGGAGGCAGCACGCAGACAGGGCGGGCCAUCAAGUUCGCCACCCAGCACGUCUUCCCUUCGUCCAAUCGCACGCAGGCGGCCAGGAACCGCAUCGCCGUGGUGCUGACGGACGGACGCUCCCAGGACGAUGUGGUGGAUGCGGCUUUGGAGGCCAAGGCCCAGAACAUCAUCCUGUUUGCGGUGGGGGUGGGCAACGAGAUCACCAACUCCGAGCUGGUGUCCCUGGCGACCACGCCCCCGUCCACCUACGUCCUUUAUGCGGAGGACUACUCCACCAUCGGCAGCAUCAGAGACGCCAUGGAGCAGAAGCUCUGCCAAGAGUCUGUGUGUCCAGCCCAAAUCCCAGGAACCAACCACAACUCGAAGGGCUUUGAGCUGCUGUCCUCUCUCAAGGUGGACCUGAAGGCCAAGAAGGUGCAGGGCUCUCUCAUGUCCGAGGCUGCCUACCUGCUGAGCCCUCGGAUGGACUUCACAGACAGCACCAGAGUGGUGUUUCCUGAGGGCCUCCCUCACUCCUACGUGUUGGUGGCCACGCUGCGGAUGAAGGCCCCGACCAAUCGGGUGAAGUUUGACCUGCUCAGGGUCCUGUCCCAGGACGCGGUCAAGCAGCUCGCCCUGACCAUGAACGGCCCGGACAAGUCCGUCACCUUGACAACCACCAGCGCCACCAAGAGGGAUCAGAGUGUCAUCUUCAACGACCGCGGCAUCAAGAGGUUGUUUGAUGGGGAGUGGCACCAGGUCAAGCUUCUGGUCAAGCCCAGGCGUGUGAUCCUUUACCUGGACGACAUGAAGAUCGAGGAGCAGCUGCUGGAGCCGGCGGCUCCCAUCUACAUCAACGGGAAAACGCAGGUGGCCAAGAAGGUCAAGAUGGACACCACCGUCUCGAUUGAGCUGCAGAAGCUUCGAGUGUACUGCGACCCGGAGCAGGGAGAGAAAGAGCCAGCCUGUGAGAUCUACUCUGUGGAUGAUAGCAGGUGUCCCCCAGACCGCCAGGCAGCAGUGGAGAGCUGUGACUGCCCCGUAGGGAAGCCAGGCCCCCCGGGUCUGCCGGGACUCAUGGGCUUCAGGGGAGAGAAGGGCAGGGAGGGCCCGCCUGGCCCUGAUGGCAAGCCUGGCAAGCCAGGGGCAUCUGGUGUACCUGGGCAGCCAGGGAAGGAUGGCAUGAAUGCAGGGCCAGGCGCUUCAGGGCCCGCGGGCGAGCCAGGACUCCAUGGAGCCAAAGGUGAGAUGGGAUCGCCUGGUCUUCAAGGCAUGCCUGGACCUCCUGGACCCAUGGGACCGGGAUUUGACCUGCUGAAGUCGAACACUUUGGAAACAGCUGGACCCCAGGGACCCCCAGGGGAGCCAGGGUCUCAAGGGCCCUCAGGAGAACCUGGACCAGCGGGAGAGGUUGGCCCACCAGGGAAGGAUGCUUCACCGGGACCUGCAGGACCCAAGGGUGAAAAAGGAGAAGGUGGGGUGCCUGGAUUGGAAGGACAAACCGGAAUCCCUGGCAUUCGGGGCUUUCCUGGUGAGACUGGGCCUGUAGGACCUCCGGGUGAGAGGGGCUCUACAGGACUGGAGGGCUUGACAGGGCCUGUUGGGCUGGAGGGACCUCCUGGACCUGUUGGUCCACCUGGAGCUGAUGGACAGGCGGGGGCAAAGGGAAGCCCAGGGGCGCAAGGAUUAAACGGCCUACCUGGAACACCUGGACCCAAAGGAGAGCAGGGGGGGCCUGGUAUCCAAGGGUUACAGGGGGAAAAAGGACAUCCUGGGUUCAAAGGGCAACAGGGUGAUGCUGGGGUACCUGGAGUCAAAGGAAGCAAUGGUGAGCGAGGCAGCAACGGAGAACCUGGAGCUCCUGGGGUGCCUGGAGUACUGGGCCCAAGAGGGAGCAAAGGAGAGAGAGGCCUAGCGGGCGAUCCAGGAACCAGAGGGGCUGAUGGGAAGAAAGGCGAAAAUGGCCAAUUGGGGGUGUCCGGCUCUCGAGGUUUCCCUGGCCAAGACGGCCUACCUGGUCAACCAGGUGUGCCUGGUUACCCUGGGAAACCAGGCAAGACUCCUUCUGAAGAGCAACUAAUGAAGAUUUGUGCCAACAUGCUUCGAAGUGAGUUUCCCCAGCUCCUCCACAUGGUGUCACCGCGGGGCUGCGGUCGAUGCGAGAGCGUGGUGGGACCCCCAGGUGAGCCGGGAGCCCCAGGCUUGAAAGGCCCAAGCGGGACCCCAGGGUACCCUGGAACCCCUGGGUCUCAGGGCUACACGGGGCAGCCUGGACGAAGAGGACCUCCAGGAAUCAAAGGAGACACAGGGUCGCUAGGACUGAAAGGUGCCAAAGGAGAGGGAGACAUUGGGUUGCCAGGUCCUCUUGGACCAACAGGCCUUCAGGGUCCCAGAGGGAGAGACGGGGAGGGUGUCCCGGGACCUCCAGGAGAGCCAGGGAAGCCAGGAAGCCACGGUAUCCCAGGAAAGAGAGGCCCAGCUGGGGACACGGGCGUGUGUGACCCCUCCUCCUGCUACCAGGCCUUUGAGACGCUAAGGGAGGAACGCUACAGCAAAGGACCCAGCUUCUAGAUCUCUUGGCACUGCUGUGGACGUUACCUUGGAAGCGCACCUGAAGCUCUGUCCAUGUGAGCGAAGUCUGGAAGGACUCGCAGAGGAACGACUGCUGACUGUGUGAGGAGAUUCCAGCGUCUCACCCAUAAUGUACGUUCUUUUCUUCUUUUUUUUUAACACUUUCCCAAUUUCCUGAUAUCAACGGAAUUCCUGUUGCGAUGGAGGACCUAGGACAUCAGUAUCUGUGUCCUGGCAAACUGAGAUGUUGAAAGAGUCAGUAGUGAUUCUUCCAAGAAAGGUAGUUGGGAGUAAAAUGUUGCCCAAUGAUAGGUCCGUGUUACGAGUCACAUCUAACUGGUUUUCUUUGUACUGUCAAGAGCUGUGGCUUUACAUGGUCAUGUGAAAGAUCCAAUGCAUUGCACUUCUCUUGUAAAGCUACCUCUAAACUGGAUCCAAAGUGUUUUUACAAUGAUAUGAUGAUUUGGUAUAACCUCCAACUGUAGUGAGAAGUUGUUUCUUUAUGACUGAGGAACUCAGGAUGUUGUGAAAUGUAUGACACUAGCAAAGUGUUUGUUCUUAUUUUUUUCGGGAUCUGAUUCAUUCUUUGUUUCACCAUAGACACCUUUUAAACGUAAAACUUUCAAUAAGGACAUGUAUCUGUUGUUUUGAUGUUAGUUUAUGAACUAAAUGUUUAUGCAGCAGUAGCAUGACCCUGUCUUGUUCCAGCAUUUACAACAAUAAUCUUUUUCUAUUCAAUUUGUUCACAAAUAUGAUCAUACAGUUUAUAUUUGUUAUGUUAUUUAUGUGUAUUGGAAGUGUAUUACUUUCCAACAGAUUCAAAGCACUGCUGAUUAAGCACUGUCAAAUAAUUCCUUAAUUCAAUAAAGUUAUUUUCUGUACUCUA